GCAUUCGCAUUGGACGUUACCAGACGUUACUAACCAAACAAUCAAGCAGACUUGACAGUUUGUUGAUACCUUCACCCAUCCUGUGGUUAGAGGACUACAGAAAUAUUGACAUUAUAACUGUCUAAACCGUAAAGUCUUCAAAUUAAAAAUGGAUGACGUUGGCGAGGAAAGUCAGUUUGUCGUCGAUGAAGUAAGCACUAUAAUUAAGGAAGCUGUCGAGAGUACUAUUGGUGGAAACUCAUAUCAACAUGCCAAAGUCAAUCAAUGGACGUCAUCUAUUGUAGAAACUCUUCUCGGAACACUUACCAAGCAACAGAAACCUUUUAAAUAUAUUGUAACGUGUACUAUAAUGCAGAAAAAUGGAGCAGGUCUUCACACUGCUUCAUCUUGUUACUGGGACAACACAUCAGAUGGCAGCUGCACUGUGCGCUGGGAAAACAAAAGCAUGUAUUGUAUUGUUUCAGUUUUUGGUUUGGCCAUUUAAUUUGAAGAUUUUAGAGAGACAUUCCAUUAUCCAUGUUAAUUAUGUUUGAGGCCAGUGCUCUUAAAUUUGGAAGCUCAAAUGUAGCUAUUUCAAAUUAUAGUUGAUUUUAACUCUUUAUUAAAUCAAAUGAUAGUUUCCCACUGGCUAUAAUCUCUCUUGUGUGGUAAAGUGCAAUAUUUUUAGACACUAUUUUAAAAAUUAAUUGUAUAUCAAAUUUGCACUAAACUUUCCUAGCGUUUCAACUAAUUCCGAUUAUUUAUUACCAUCAGCAUCAUUGACUAGUAUUUGUGAUAAACAAACAUUGUACAGUCGAUUUCAGUUAGUACGAUCCUGUUGGGACUGAAGGCCCAAACCGCUGUAGGGAAAUCGCAAUUUCAGAUUGUAUUUAAAGCAUACAAAUGCAAUGGGUCCACAGGAAUAAAACAUAAUAACGGGUUAAUCUUUGUUUUUAGGGCUCGUAUGAACGAAUAUUGAAUGUAAUACCUAAUUGCUAUUGGACAAAAGAUAACAUUUAAGAAUGGUUUCCUUCCUUAUUUAUUUAUUUAUUAAAUUUUAUAUAAUACAGCUUAAUAAUGCAUUCUAUAAGGAGUAACAUGGAAACAAGAUGUAAAAUAAAUAACUUAAGAAUGAUCA